UGACGACAAAUCGGUGCAGGAGCCGAACCGGUAGUCUGGUACCAAUAUGCUGCUGCCAUUUCUACCUAUAUAUGACCCCCAUCUUCCCUCUGUUUCAUCCUUCACCCGCCGCCUCAGCUCCGUUGUUCGUCGAGAGGGAUAGAAGAGAGAGCUAGAUUCACCAGAGCUCCUCUCCUCUGUCCCACGCUCCAACAACUCGCAGAUCCGCUAGGCGGGAAGCAUGAGCAAAGGAGCCAUGAAUCUAAGCAAAAAGGUGGAGCCGUUGCCGGAGGAAUUCGAUCCUAAGGAGAUCGUGUCUCCCGUGGCACUGGAGUUAAAUGGAGUUUUGGAAGAGUGCGCCGAGAAGAAAAGAGAGAUCGUUCUUGGGAGAAAUGUUCACACAAUGUGCUACACAAUCAGUGAGCCGGAAGCGGACGAUGAUGAUACCGGGGAAAGGGAAGCCUACAUGGCCAGUGUCCUGGCAAGAUACCGGAAAUCGCUUAUUGAAAGGACGAAGCAUCAUUUAGGUUACCCUUACAAUUUAGACUUUGAUUACGGUGCGCUAUCCCAGCUGCAACAUUUUUCCAUUAAUAACCUUGGUGAUCCUUUUAUUGAGAGUAACUAUGGUGUCCACUCCAGACAAUUUGAAGUUGGUGUUCUAGACUGGUUUGCUCGCCUUUGGGAACUGGACAAGAAUGAGUACUGGGGUUAUAUCACUAACUGCGGCACAGAGGGGAAUUUGCAUGGCAUACUUGUUGGAAGGGAAGUUUUUCCUGAUGGGAUACUCUAUGCCUCGAGAGAGUCCCAUUACUCAGUUUUUAAAGCAGCAAAAAUGUACAGAAUGGAGUGUGUGAAGGUUGCCACUUUGGUCUCCGGCGAGAUUGAUUGUGCCGAUUUCGAAAGAAAAUUGCUUCUUAACAAAGACAAACCUGCCAUUGUUAAUGUCAAUAUUGGAACAACGGUAAAAGGAGCUGUCGAUGAUCUCGACCUGGUUAUAGAAACACUAGAAAAAACUGGAUUUAGCGGCCAGUUUUACAUCCAUUGUGAUGGCGCUCUAUUCGGUCUUAUGAUGCCUUUUGUUAAACGUGCACCGAAGGUCACCUUCAAGAAGCCAAUAGACAGUGUCAGUGUCUCCGGCCACAAAUUUGUGGGAUGUCCAAUGCCCUGUGGGGUGCAGAUCACGAGAUUGAAGAACAUAAACGUCCUGUCGAAUAAUGUGGAGUAUCUCGCUUCGAGGGAUGCGACCAUCAUGGGCAGCAGAAAUGGGCAUGCUCCCAUCUUCCUGUGGUACACAUUGAACAGGAAAGGCUACAAGGGCUUUCAAAAGGAGGUUCAGAAGUGCCUGAGAAAUGCUCACUAUCUAAAAGACCGUCUGGUCGAGGCGGGGGUGAGCGCCAUGCUGAACGAGCUCAGUAGUACUGUGGUGCUGGAGAGACCUAAAUAUGAGGACUUUGUUCGCAGGUGGCAGCUUGCCUGUGAAGGAAACAUAGCUCAUGUGGUGGUGAUGCCAAAUGUGACCAUUGAGAAGCUUGAUUGUUUCUUGGAUGAGCUCAUUCGGUCUCGGUCAAGUUGGUAUGGAGAUGGUGAAAGCAGACCUCCAUGUGUUGCUGCAGACAUUGGGGAGGAAAAUUGUUGCUGCGAUGAGCACAGCAAAUCUGCCAAUUAGAAAAAAGGGCAAAUUUUAAAUAUUGGAUUUUGUAAAUCUAGUUUCUCUUCAAAUCCUUUCAGUUUUAUCUUAAAUCCUGAAUUUGCAAUAUUUACUUAAUCCGGAUUUACAGAUUUCAGUAAAGCUUUUAAGAGACGGCCCCUUUGAACUGCUUGAACAUGUGGCUUGUGGCAUUGAGACUUAACUUUUGUGGUGAUCGAGGCAGUUUUAAACACUUCUGUGCUGUGGUCUUGCUUCAUUGUUGUGUUAUUUCUAACGUUGACUGAUCUUCGGAUUGUUUAAUUGUGGCUUAGCAUUGUAAGCGUUUGAAUGGCCUCGCUCUUGCUUCAUUGUGGUUCAUUUUCUAAGUAAUCAAUACAAGCAACAAG